AUGGCAAAGAAGAAGGUGGCGGCAAAGCAAUCGGAGGCUAUGGCCGAGAGGGUUGCCCAGCUUCAGACCAAUCCGGUCUUUCAUGAAAUGCCCAAGAGGGAGAAGAAGGUCAAGUUGGAUCCUCGUUUCCAAAAAAUGUUCAGCGAUGAAAGAUUUGCAUCCACCAGUUCUAAGAUCGACAGAAGAGGGCGUCCAGUUAAUGACAAGACUCAAGAAGAACUUAAAAACAUUUACGAGAUUGACGAAAACUCUACGUAAGCCUUUUCUUCUGCUCAUAUAAGAGGUUUGCACAGAGGAAUUAAAGUAUUCAAAUACGAGUACAUGAUGCAAAAACCCCGGGAGGGCUAUGGCGGGUUACGUUACAGUAAGACGAAUUUACAAGGGAAGUAUCCCAAGUGCGACGCUCAGAUUUUCUUUAGUUUUUUUCACACACAUAGGUUAUGAACUAAGUAUCAAUUCCUGAAAGUUUUAGCUCGAGCUUUGCAAGCGCCGCCGAGAUAUUGAACGAUCUUUGCCGCCGAGAGAUUACGCUAAACGCGAGGAGCGGUCAGAGAGAAAAACACUUUUUGAUCAUAAUUUUGCUAAUUUCGUGCGGAAAAAAAUGAUUUUUUAUGAAACAUUACCCUGUAUGAUAGAAAUAGGCAUGAAACUUUUCGUGCCGAAAUUCGGCAAAAAGUGUCAAAUUUCCGCCAACUUUCGAUCUAGAAAUCUCGGUUGUUUCUGCAAAGCGCGAGCUAAGAUUCUCGCAUAAAUUUUAGAAAAAAUUAUUCUAAAUCUGUGCCAAGUUCCAUCAAAAUCUGAGCGUCGCAGUUGGGGUACUGCCCCUGUUAGUUCAUAAAAGUAGAAAUAUUAAUAUACCCCUCUUUAUUCCGGUGUUUCAAGGAAUACUACUCGCGGCAUAAAGUGCCGACAAUUUACACAGUGCGUUUUUCUCUGGUUUUUUGCGUUCGUCGUUGCGACCGUUUUUGCAAUUGCGACGUGCACUUUUCGCGAGCUCACUCAAAUUUUCGCGCGCGACGUCGGCAAAAAAUUGUUCGGACUUUUUGGUGCGAGUACGACUACGCGUAGUGCUUAAUAAUCGUGUCCUAGUACAUUCGAAUACAAGGUGGAAUACAGGGUGCUACCUUUGUGCCACGAUUGGAAUCAAAAAUGAAAAAUUCAAAAUUUUAAGUUCCUCAAAAGACUUUAAGUUUGAGCGUCUACAGGGCAGUUAGAUGAUAUAAUUUAAGUUUUUUGUUCAAACACAACAUUUCAUUUUCAGGCAGACAAUUUAAUAACCGAAAAUAAUGAACUAAAAUUUUAGUUUUUUGUUAAUUUUUACUGUAGUCUAAUAAAUAGGUAUAACAUGUUUGGUAUCGAACAAAAGGAGAGAGUCUGAGGAUUCAGGGAAAAAAGGUUUCGGAAUUCGACCCAAUAAAGAAGUUACUGACAAUUCAAAUCGUGCCACAAAGAUGCCCACCCUUUACGUUAAUCCAUGUUGGUAAAUCAGAUUAUAAUUGUUUGGUUAUAGUAGCGAGGAUGAAAAGACCCCAGAACCCACAAAGCGCAUAGAUUUGGCUCGAGGCGAAGGGAAUGUUGAGUCGUCGUCAGAUGAAGAAGACUCUUCAGAAUCGGAAGACGAAGUCGACGAUGUUUGGGGAGAACUUGAUUCUGGAGUUAGACAAGUUGAUUGGACAAGUUCCCGGAUAUCUGUCUGUCAAAUGGAUUGGGAUAAAAUCAAAGCCGAGGAUAUUUUCAUGGCCUUAGAAUCCUUUAAACCGGCCUCAGGCGUAAUUAAAUCUGUGGCUAUUUAUCUGUCGGACUUCGGAGCCCAGAAAUUAGAAGAAGAAGAUAAAUCAGGCCCGAAGUUGAAUAUAAAGGAGGGUGAAGACAUUGAUCAAGAUAAUCUGUAAGUGUCAGCGUAGCUUCAAAGCUGUCUUUCUUUAGACCUUCUGAAGUUAUCCGAGCUUAUCAAUUGGAUCGAUUUAAGUAUUAUUAUGCAGUCGUUGAAUGUGAUAGUGACGCUACCGCAAGUGCGAUAUACGAGGCUUGCGAUGGACUUGAAUUUGAAAGUAGCGGUGUCAAAUUUGAUUUGAGAUUUAUCCCAGAAGAAAUGGAAUUUGAAGUAAGAUUUUGCUGACAUUUAGAAAUUAUGAAUAGUUUAUGGGAAGUCAGGGGAGUUUUUUGUAGUCCGCAAUAAAACUUUUCACUGUCCGUAAAUGAGUAUCUUUUUCUCUACAACUCAAUGUUUAGCAGCAAAUUAGUAAGCUUCUCGGAUAUUAACUUUUGUAAACGACUAGUAGGACUUUCUACUCUUUCUUUCGAGUAAUUCACAGGAUGAGCGGACUCUGAAUGGAAAAUCUUAUUAUACAGGAUGUUUCAGGAAAUUCCACGGAAAGCGUUUUUCCAGUUUUUGAAGAAUAUGGGCGGUUUUUUGCCUAUGAAAAUCAUUUUCUCCGCCAACGCGGAAAGCAGUGUAUUCAGCGGAGACUUUUGGGCACUUUUUCGGUAAUCACACUCAUCUUAAACGCUUUUAAGUGGUUUCUGAUGGUUGAAAUGAGGAUUUUUGUGUUUAUCAAGCGUUCGGCGACGGUACGGCAGCCGCUUGCCGUAUGUUAAGUCAGCUGCGGACAAGAAAUGGCCCAACACAAUUCUUAUGGUCUGGCAAGCAUUCUCUGCAGGUGUCGUAUACCCUCCAAAAUUUUAUCGCCAAGCCUUGGCAGAAGUUUAGCCAUCGAGAAACCAAUUGGUGCACAAUAUUUUCCGUUUAAAUUUCGCUUUGCCCUGCUGUUUCAAACAUCCGCACGGUGCGCUCCGGCUUUAUCGGGUGUUGCAGCGACUGCAUUGCACCGUGCAGUCGCUAUCGGAUCGCAUAGCGCUGUAGCCGGUCUUCUGAUCCAUUGUGCAAAAAAUUUGAAAACUUUCCGGACGCUUCAGUGUCACAAUAAAGCGUUAAAAAUUCGUGUGAUGACCGAAAAAGUGCCCAAAAGUCUCCGCCGAAUACACUGCUUUCCGCGUUGGCGGAGAAAAUGAUUUUCAUAGGCAAAAAACCGCCCAUACUCUUCUUCAUUAUGCAAAAAAAUAUUCUUGGAUAUCUUGACUGAGCGCCAAGAAAUCGUCAAAAACUUUCCACGGAAUUUCUUGAAACACCCUGUAUAAGAGUGAAGAAAUAAGACCGAUUUUGGGAUUUUGAAAACACACAUACACACUUUUUGCUUUCUCGAGCUUUUUUUCUCAUGUCGGCCUCAUUUUUUUCCAUUCUAUUUUUUCAAAAAAGUGAGGAAAGUGUUUUUAACGUUUUGCUUCGGAACGACCGGUGCGACAUUAUUAUUGUACAUAAUAAUGUGAUUAUUAGGAUAAAAACAUGUAAAUUUUUUGUACGUCUUCUUUGUAUGAAGAGUGCUUCACCUUGGACACUAAUUGGAUUCUUUCUUGUUUUUGCAACUUAUUUCAUUUGCGGGCAGUAAAAAGCGUCCAUAACUGUUCGGUAUCAACAAAAAAUUAUAGGAUGAAAGGAUAAAAGAAAAGGUUACAUCGGAAGAGUUCAAUGCCAAGAAAUAUCAGCCAAAAUAUAAUGUUCAAUCAGCUGCUGUGAAGAGGUCUAAUAUCAAAAUGGAAUGGGAUAACACUGAUUAUGACCGUCAAGUUGCCAUGCAGAAAGCAUUUGAUCCGGAGGCCGAUCUCGAUGAAUACGCGUAAGUUAGGUUAUCUUAGAUUUAGUUUUAUUUGUUUCAGUGGGUUGAUUGCUUCAGGCUCGGAUGACGACGACGAUCCCGAGAUCAAACUUGGCACCCAAGCUUUACUCAGUGCUGCUGGAAUUACAUCAUCCAAAAUGGGGGCGAAUGUGGUAAUGAAAGGAAGUAAUAUAGCAGAAGAUGAAGACAUCGAAAAGGAAGAAGCAGAAAAGUCCAUUAAUAAAUCAGAGAAACACAAAGGGUUGACACCAUUCCAAGAAUAUUUACAACGACGAAAGCAGAAACGAAAGGAAAGAAAAGUGCAACUCAAGGAGAAACGACAAGUUCAGAAGAGAGAGUUGGUCCCAAUCGAAAAAGCAAAGCCAAUUGAGGCCAAGAAGAAGAUGAGACUCUCAGAAUCGGCUUCCAAAUUGACGGUUAACACCGAGGAUCCUCGUUUCCAAUCUCUUUUUACUGACAGUGAAUUCGCUAUCGAUAGGACUCAUUCACAAUUCAAAGGAGGGAUAUUGGCGGAGAAGCAAGUCGAGGAGAAAAGAAAGAGGAAAUCCAAAAGGACGACGGAGUGA